UCGGCCAACGAAUGGGGCAAGGCGUGAAACGGGGUAAGAACUUCUCUUCUCCACUCUUCCGGAGAUCUGAGCUAGGGUUUCUCGCCGCAAGUGACAAUCUAUCGGACUCCUUAGAUCGUUUAGCGGUGAAGAUGGCUGAGUUGGACACAUUCCUUUUCACCUCUGAGUCCGUCAAUGAGGGACACCCAGACAAGCUCUGUGACCAGAUCUCUGAUGCCAUCCUUGAUGCUUGCCUUGAGCAGGACCCUGACAGCAAGGUCGCCUGCGAGACUUGCAGCAAGACUAACAUGGUCAUGAUCUUCGGCGAGAUCACCACCAAGGCAAAUGUUGACUACGAGAAGAUCGUUCGCGAUACUUGCCGGGCGAUCGGAUUCGUGUCCGAUGAUGUAGGCCUGGAUGCUGACAAUUGCAAGGUGCUUGUAAACAUUGAGCAACAAUCUCCUGACAUUGCUCAGGGUGUGCAUGGACACUUCACCAAGCGCCCAGAAGAGAUCGGUGCAGGCGACCAGGGCCACAUGUUUGGCUAUGCAACAGAUGAGACCCCAGAAUUGAUGCCCUUGAGUCAUGUUCUUGCCACCAAGCUCGGUGCCCGUCUCACCGAGGUCCGCAAGAACGGCACCUGCCCCUGGCUCAGACCCGACGGCAAGACGCAAGUCACUGUUGAGUACAGAAACGACGGCGGCGCCAUGGUUCCUAUCCGUGUUCACACCGUGCUCAUCUCCACCCAGCACGAUGAGACCGUCACCAAUGAUGAGAUUGCCGCUGAUCUCAAGGAGCAUGUAAUCAAGCCUGUGGUCCCUGAGCAGUACCUAGAUGAGAAAACCAUCUUCCACCUAAACCCAUCAGGCCGCUUCGUCAUUGGUGGCCCUCACGGUGAUGCUGGCCUCACCGGCCGCAAGAUCAUCAUCGACACCUACGGUGGCUGGGGUGCCCAUGGCGGCGGUGCCUUCUCUGGCAAGGAUCCGACGAAGGUCGACAGGAGCGGUGCAUACAUCGUAAGGCAGGCUGCAAAGAGCGUCGUGGCCAAUGGUCUUGCUCGCCGCUGCAUUGUUCAGGUCUCCUAUGCCAUUGGUGUUCCCGAACCGCUCUCUGUGUUCGUUGACACAUACGGCACAGGCAAGAUCCCAGAUAAGGAGAUCCUGAAUAUUGUCAAGGAGAAUUUCGACUUCAGGCCUGGGAUGAUCACCAUCAACCUUGACCUGAAGAGGGGAGGCAACCGGUUUAUCAAGACGGCUGCGUAUGGCCACUUUGGAAGAGAUGACCCUGAUUUCACCUGGGAGGUGGUGAAGCCUCUCAAGUGGGAGAAACCAGCGGCCUAAGAAAGAUUUAGACAUCCCUGAACUAUUCAGUUCCGUUAACUACAAUAUAUUUGAGUGCUCUAGCCGCUGCUGCCAUUGUGCUGAAGCUUCUUCCUCUCUCUCUCUCUCUCUAUCCUGCUGGGUGAUAUUAGUGUUUUCUUUUUAAUUGUUUGUUGCUGGACGUUAAGUGAAGUUUGUGCUGGAAAAAUAUAUGGAUUCUUUUCAGUUCGCAGAACAGAUUAACUGAAGAUGAAAGUCAGUGUGGUAUUUUGUUCGGUUACUUUUUAUAUGCAGCCUACAUGUACUUAAAUGUUUUAUCAUAAAGUAAUAGAACUGCCAGUUUCAUAUCU